GGAACCCGGUGGAGCUAGUGGGAUUCCGGGGCGCUAAAGUCGCAGGGACAGGGCGGGAAGGAAGAUCCGGAGCGGGGCAGAGGAUCCGGAGCUGGAGCCCCCAGGGGCACGGGCGCUGGGGACGCCUCCCCACUUAUACCCGCCCAUGUCCUGCCCAGGACACAUCAGAGGCUCCAGGGGUGCUGCCGGGGAUGCUGCCGUGCUCCCUCUUCAUCCCGAAGGACGGGUUUGGGAAAGGCCUCUGACGGCUCGCGGGGCAGCUCCUGUGGGAUCCUCCCUCCUUGAAGAAGGGAGUGGGUCGGGACAAGUGAGGCCGGCUCCAUGUAUCCGGAAUCGACCACGGGGUCCCCGGCUCGGCUCUCCCUGCGGCAGACCGGCUCCCCUGGCAUGAUCUACAGUACUCGGUAUGGGAGCCCCAAAAGACAGCUCCAGUUUUACAGGAACCUGGGCAAGUCGGGCCUCCGGGUCUCCUGCCUGGGGCUCGGAACGUGGGUGACCUUCGGAGGCCAGAUCACCGACGAGACGGCAGAGCAGCUCCUGACCUUGGCCUACGACAAUGGCAUCAACCUCUUCGAUACCGCAGAAGUCUACGCGGCGGGCAAGGCUGAAGUUGUGUUAGGAAACAUCAUCAAGAAGAAGGGAUGGAGACGAUCCAGCCUCGUCAUCACCACCAAGAUCUUCUGGGGAGGAAAAGCCGAGACGGAGAGGGGCCUUUCCAGGAAGCACAUAAUAGAAGGGCUGAAAGCCUCCCUGGAGCGGCUGCAGUUGGAGUAUGUGGACGUGGUGUUUGCCAACCGCCCGGACCCCAACACGCCCAUGGAAGGGGAUCCAUUUAGUUCCUCCAAGUCAAGGACAUUCAUCAUAGAAGAGACGGUGCGUGCCAUGACCCACGUCAUUAACCAGGGGAUGGCCAUGUACUGGGGCACGUCGCGCUGGAGCUCCAUGGAGAUCAUGGAGGCCUACUCCGUUGCCCGGCAGUUCAACUUGAUCCCGCCCAUCUGCGAGCAGGCCGAGUACCACAUGUUCCAGCGCGAAAAGGUGGAGGUGCAGCUUCCCGAGCUCUUCCACAAGAUAGGAGUGGGCGCCAUGACCUGGUCCCCUCUGGCCUGCGGCAUCGUGUCCGGAAAGUACGACGGUGGCAUCCCGCCCUACUCGAGAGCCUCCUUGAAGGGCUACCAGUGGCUGAAGGACAAGAUCCUGAGUGAGGAGGGCCGGCGCCAGCAGGCCAAGCUGAAGGAGCUGCAGGCCAUCGCGGAGCGCCUGGGCUGCACCCUCCCCCAGCUGGCCAUAGCCUGGUGCCUGAGGAACGAGGGGGUCAGCUCCGUGCUCCUGGGCGCUUCCAGUGCAGACCAGCUGAUGGAGAAUAUUGGAGCAAUACAGGUCCUUCCAAAACUGUCGUCUUCCAUUAUCCACGAGAUCGAUAGCAUUUUGGGCAAUAAACCCUACAGCAAAAAGGACUACAGAUCCUAAGAAGCCCCCGGCCGUUUGCCUGGACGGUUUCCGUUUCCCUCCUAGCCUCUCUGUUAGCUCGCUUAAGCUAUUUUGAAGCCAAGUCAAGAGCGUGGUUUGCUUCAAAAACAAAACAACACACCAAGAUGUCACCGGGAAAAGAUCUCAAAAGUCGCUGCCACACACCACCCGCUGCUUCGCAGGACCGAUGUCGGGUGCGUGUCAGGGAGUUGGCGUUGAUCCGAAGGCACUCGUGCGAUCCCACCCAAGCCCGCCAUCUCUGCUCCUCCUCCAAGAAACCUCCAUGUUGUCGCCCAGCCGCAGGCCAUCUCAGAGACUCAAGUCCAGGCCCGGCCAAGACCAGCUGGGGCCUGGGGGCAGGCACAGCUGGCCUCUUCUCUGCAGAGAACCCCACCUGGUGUUGGGGAAGGGAAGAGGAAGCCGGGUCUGCCUCUUCCUGUGGCCCCUCGGCGGGGCCCUGGUCGGGGCAGGCCUCCCUCCAGGGUCUCCCUCGUUCUUGCUCUUGCCAAGGGCUCCAGGUACUUUCCUCGGGCCUGACCUCGGAUUCUUCCCCCAGCCCCCUCUCCCAACCACCUGCCCCAGUGUGUCUCCGAGGGGCCUUCCCAGCUGCCCCUUGACCCCCGCCCCCCACCACCUUGCUGGCAGGGGCAGGGAUCCAGGGAGAUUCGUCCUGCAGUUUGGGAGCCACAAAAAGUUGGGGGGCUCUGAUUUCAAGCUCCUCGCCCCGCAGGCUUCCUCUCCGCAAACAACUGAUGAGCCCCAGUGCCUGGGCUCCAGUCCAGGUCCCUCCAGGGCCCCACCUGCCCUCCCUCCCUGCCAGGCGCCCAGUCCUCGCCCCUCUGUCCUUGCCCCAAAAGGCCCCGAGAUCAUCCGUGCUCAGCUGGACUGCAGCUGCUGACCA